AUGGAUGUGCCGGAGAGCUCGCACACACAAGCCAAUCCACAAGGGGGAGCUGAUGUGGGCUCUCAAGAACCACCUAAGGGUGGUAUGGAGGGUACUGAUGGAAGAGAAGAGACUGUGCACGAGCCACCUCUGGAUAAUAUGGGCGGUGGUGAUGAUCUGCCCCCACAUCUUCGUGACAUAUACAACAAGCACAAAGAGCUACAUGCUACAGAACUUAAUGCCGCGUUGAGCUCAUUUGGGAGGGCGUUGCAGGUCAUGUAUUGCAAACGCAUGGGCCUAAUGUUGUCUGAGGCAGUCGAAGCUGGAUCCAGAAGGGAUGAGGCCAAAGAUGAAGUGGCAGAUGUCACUUUCAGUGUAUCAGGAGCUCCCACAGCAGGCAUGUGCGAUGCCACCGAAUUGUUUCCGCAGCAGCCUAAGAAACCAGAUGCAACCAGAAGCACAAAGAGUGGGGAUCCAGCAGUUGAAGUGGAUCACACAAACGCUAUCCCAGGAAAGAAGAGAGACCACAUCAAUGGCAGUGUACAUGGCAAUGUCAAUGUUCAUCGCAAUGCCAAGGGAGAAGAUUCUUGCAGCAAGGAUCCGCCACAAGUUAGUAAUUCACCUGCACGAUCAUCUGGUCUAUUUGAUGUGGACUCUUUCUUGGAGAUUCGAGCGAGAAGUCCUUUGUUUGAUAGUUCUCCUGGCAGUUCAACUGGUCCAGUUUAUGAUGUGACCCCACUCGCAACAUAUCCCCCAUUAUCGACAGGCCCUGCAGAAGCAGGUGUUGAUGAGACAAGAGAGGAGGAGGAGGUGGUUGAAGUCAACAGCGGGCAAAGCCAUGAUGGGAAGAAGCCUACACUUAAGAGAGCUGCACCGGCCGCACCAAGCGCACGCAAGUUGCAGAAGAUGAAGAAGAUAAAAGUUGAUGCAACAGAAGAUGCGAUAUACCAGAGGUACUGCUGUACCAAUUAUCGUAUAAAGGACCCACCCGAAGGCGAGCCUCUCCCUGCAUUUAUCAGGAUAGGUGGUUUCGAUAUUUCCUUCAAACAUUUCAGUAAUGGGCUCAAAAAGCGCGCACAUUUGAACAAUGAGGUGAUGUCACUUUACAUCGAAAGUUUCAACAUUGAGCAGACGUACAACUCAACCAAGCCAAGGAAGUUUGCGUUCUCACCACAUGUUGCUACCAAGCUUUGUGUUGAUCCAAGUUCAUUCAAGACAAGUUCCUGCAUUAGAGAUUUGACCAGGGUCUGCGAGAAGAAUGACAUCGUGAAAUUUGAUCAAUUGUUCUUCACCAUAGUCCAGAGAGACCAUUGGGCAGUUGUUGUUGUCAAUUUCAUGAAAAAACAAUUUAAUGUCUCUGACUCCAGGAGCUUAGACCCUGACUAUGUCAGCAUCCUUGAGAAGCCUUGCUGCAACCUGAUAACAAACUUCAAAGCACUGGUCACAGAAUUUAACCCAUGGAAGCAAGAUUUUGGCACAUUUCAGAUGUCCAGUCCACCAAGCUACCCGCAGCAGUCAACAUCAUUUGAUUGUGGCAUCUUUGCUAUUCUAUACUUGGAGAAUCUAACUGCCAGGGGGAUGAAGCCAUUCAAUACAAUUCAAACUCAUUGCUCAAUGUCCGGAAGUACAUUGCGGCGAAGCUUUUCAAGCACCCUCAAAACACCCUCAACUCAGAGGACGAGCUUCAAGCUUUGCUGAAAAACUCAUAGAUUGAUGCCAACCGCAACAAGACAUCUCUAGUAGUUUAGACCUUUUUUUGCGGUGCAUGUGUGUGCGACAUGUUUGUAACCGAGCUCUCUAGUAGUCUACGAAACUAAAGUGUUUCGGAAGUAGAAUGUGUCAUGCUGGGGCAUGCCCCCUUUCUCCCUCAUUUUUGUAUGCUGGAGACAUGCUGUUUCACUACUGAUCUGGUGUUUUUGCACACAUAUAUAUAAUGUAGACAUGAUUCCAAUGGCA